AUGAUAUACCCAGAGUCACUGAAACUAUUGCCCUUGUAUGGAUUAGCUUUGUCCAAGUCAACGCCCCUACGUGGUGGUUAUUCUGAUGCACAGCUUGAUGAACGCUGUGCCUCUGGAUAUACUAUGAUGGCAUUGCCAGUUGCAAAACUGUUGAAACUUUUGUAUCCUAACCUGAUUCGUGUAGAUGAAUAUCUUUUGAAAACAUCCCCCUUGACUGGGGAGUCCGAGAACAUGUUGAAAACGCUGCCGCUUACUGUAGAUAGCUUAGAUGUCAGAGGUCUCUAUAUCUAUGAUGAUGGUUUUCGGUUUGUUAUAUGGUUUGGUAAAAUGCUUUCAACAAAUAUCAUCAAGAGUUUAUUGGGUGAUGAAUUUGCUACAGAAUUCUCAAAGCUUCCUGAACAUUUGAAAAAUCAAUUGCAUGAAUAA